AUGCCGUAUGCUGUCGUGUGUACUGUUCUCAUGUUACCUCUACUCACAGCGAUGUGUUUCGGUUUGGUUGCAUCCACGGAUAGGAAAACAAAUUACAACAUAGUGCUCAUUGUGACCGACGAUCAGGGCAUGAUGCUUCAGGGAAUGACUCCGAUGACAAAUACCCUGCAACAAAUCGCAAACGAAGGAGCAACUUUCGCAAAUGCAUUCACAACGACACCGCUAUGUUGUCCUUCGCGUUCCUCUAUUCUCUCUGGGCAGUAUGCGCACAAUCACAAAACCAUCAAUAAUUCCAUCUCCGGUGGUUGUUACGGAGAAUACUGGCGACAGCACGUGGAACCGGCAGCCCUUCCCGUGGCUCUAGCUAACGCUGGUUAUAAAACUUUUUUUGCAGGAAAAUAUCUAAACGAAUAUUUUUCAAAGGAAAUUCCGCCUGGUUGGUCGGAAUGGUUUGGUUUGCACGGAAAUUCCCGCUACUAUAACUAUACUAUAAAUGAAAAUGGAACCCCGGUACAGUACAGCAGUGUUUAUUUUACAGAUUAUUUACAAUCAAAACUGGACAAUUUUUUGAGUAGCAUGGAUGGAAAACAAAACUUUUUUGCCAUGGUUGCUCCUUCUGCUCCACAUGCCCCAUUCACUCCAGCGAAUCGACAUAAAAAUUUGUUCCCGGAUGUUAAGGCAGUUCGUACUCCAAAUUUCAACAUUCCAUCCGGUCCACUAGAUAAACACUGGCUAUUGACUAUGCAACCAUCAGUUCUGCCGGAAAGCUUAAUGGAACAAUUGGAUUCCAUCCAACGUAAGCGCUGGCAAACAUUAGUUGGAGUGGAUGAAAUGGUAUUGGCUAUCGUUAGGCGACUGAAAGAGAAAAAUCUACUCGAAAAUACUUACAUUUUCUAUACUUCAGACAAUGGAUACCAUAUAGGGCAGUUCGCUCAAGCAUACGAUAAACGCCAACCUUAUGAGACAGAUAUAAGAGUCCCAUUUCUUGUGAAAGGACCAUCAGUGCAUCCGAAGUCUCUCAGCGACAUUCCAAUUGCUCUCAUCGAUGUAGCUCCAACGAUUCUAAAAAUUGCUGGCCUACAAAUCCCAAUUUCAAUGGACGGUGUACCUAUUCCGUUAAACGAGGGAAGAUCCACCACUGAGAGGCAGAUUUUAAUAGAAUACUGGGGUGAAGGUAACACGGAGACUUACAAUGACGAGUGUCCCUGGCAAGCUGCUGAUCGACUACAGCUUUGCUCAAUAGACGCUGCGUGUCAUUGCCAAGACGCAUGGAACAAUACCUACAACUGCGUUCGACAUGUAGCUAUUGACCUAAACUUUAUCUAUUGUGAAUUCAAAGACAAUGAGCAUUUCGUUGAAGCUUAUGAUCUAUCCAAAGAUCUAUACCAAAUGGAAAACGUUGGAUACAACACGCUACCUUCAGUGAAAGCCAAAUACAGUUUGGCUAUAACUAAUCUCUCCGCUUGUAUUGGGCCGACGUGUAACAUUAUUUACUGA